CGAAGCAAGGCUUUCUAAGCUCCUGCUUUUCUUCAAAUCUUUCCAAUAUUUCACCUCGAAUGUGGUUUAGAUCUACUGUAAUCUUGUCUUAGUACAAUCCUUUCGGAUAGGUACAACAGUGAUGAUGUUCAAGUGGUAUCAAUGAUCGAUAUGUGACUAACGAAUUGUAUGACGAAGGCGGAAGUUCAGUCCUUAAACACAACGUUGCAAGGCCAAGAGAUCUGCAAAGAAAAUAAAUACUUUUAUCACGACGGCAGGCCUAAAAAUUGAACGAAAAUAUUGUGUGAAAGAACAGGGAUUAUACCCGUGGCACUUGAUGACGGAUUAUCGUAAGUUGAAGAAAUGAAUCGAGAUGAAAAUAUCAUUCUAGUCAAGAUGUGAAAUGCUAGUGACGAGCAAAUACUCAGUUAGCUUGAGUCCUGAAAACAGCAGUUGGAGAUAAGUGUUCAUAUGACAUUCAAAUAGAAAAUAUACCCAGUUUAACUACAACAUAUUGCAGUUGGUCAUCGUGCCUUUUGACAUCAAAGAAUGACUACUGAUAACAGGACUGAAAAUAGACAUCUUUUGUUUCGGGCCAUCCACCAAAGAAACGAGAUCGAGGUUCGUUCAUUGAUUGAUGCUAGCGCAGAUGUCAACAUAACUGAUGAUUUUGGCAAAACUGCUUUGUUUUAUGCUGUAAAACAAAGUAACAACGAGAGUGUAGUUCGUGCAUUGAUUGAUGCUGGUGCUGAUGUCAACGAAACUUAUAAUUUUGGCGAAACUGCUUUGUUUCAUGCGGUCGAACAAAGUGGGAACGAGAGUGUGGUUCGUGCAUUGAUUGAUGCUGGUGCUGGUGUAAACUUGGCUGAUAAUAAUAGCGAAACUGCUUUGUUUCAUGCUGUCCAAGGAAGUCACUAUAGUGUGGUUUCUGCAUUGAUUGAUGCUGGUGCUGAUGUUAACGAAACUUAUCGUUAUCGUAAGUCAUCAGCAGUGACAACCCUAUCAGAACUCCGUACCUUGUUGUUAAAACGCGGAUCCAGUUUUGAAAUCAAGUCUGGAAGUGAAAAAACUGUUUUUCAUUUAUUACUACAGCUUUUCCAACAAGGACUUCAGAUACGUGAUAAGGCAGCAAGACAAAAUAUUUUGCGUGAAGCAAUCAAAAUUUCGCAAAUAAUUCCAAAAAAUAGAGCAAGUCUGAAAAGGAUUAUCAACAUACCUGAUGUUGAUCUCAAUUCACCACUGCAUCUUUGGGCUUCACUAGAAUUACCAUCACCUCAAGACUAUACAAGUAAUGUUACUAAAGAUCUCACAUUUGAGGAAUUCCUACAAACAACCUUAAAUUACCUUUUGAUGUAUGGAGCAAAAGUGAAUAAUAGAAAUGGCAAAGAUCAAACGCCUUUACAUUUGUGCAGAACCUGGAUAGCUGUGAAGCAGUUGCUUGGUGCUGGAGCAAACGCUAACGAUGUUGAUUCAUCAAAAGCAUCACCUCUUGUUGUUGCCGCGAAGACAAGGUGGCCAUUUCGUGCUCAUCAAGGCGGUCUUUAUUCAGAUGCUGCUAUUUACAGCAGUGCUCUCUACCCAGAUGUUGCAGAGUUAGAAGACCCAAAAUCAUUUUGGAAAGCUGCCAUCGACAAGGGACUUGAUCCAUGGACAGCCGACAAAGAGGGUGAGUCAGUUCUAAGUGUUCUCAUUCGACAGGAGAACUUUGUUUAUGCUAAAGCUCUGGUUGACGUGGCUUGCGAGCAGGGCUACACUCAGUCCGAGACAUUUGCUGUGGGUCUUUUGAACGCCAUCUGUAAAGACAAAGCAACACGGACAAGGUGGAAAAGCAUUCUUGUCAGAGAUAUUUUGAAGUCAAGAAAAGGUCCUACCACUGCGUCAGAACCACUUCGUCUUUGCUGUACGAAUAUAAUAGAAACUGGCAUAUUGGAUAACAAGAUAGAAGAGAAACCUGCCUUUGCGGCCACUGAAAUAUCAGUUAGUGAAGACGAUGAAACCUUUGAUGAUGGACAACCUCAAUCAAAGAAAAGAAGAGUGGACACAUCAGACCAUUCAAUAACCGCAGCGUUUGAAAACUUGUCUGUGCAUUGUGAAAUCAUUAAGAUUCUUCGUUUGUAUGGAGCUGAUGUCGAGUCCUGCCUGGAUAUUGCAUCCACUUUUGAUGCUCUUAAAGAACUCCUCACAAAAGCCUUAGAUUUUAAUGCAAUGUCCGUACUCAUUCCAUGGACUUCUAUUUCAAAGAAAUAUGAGGUCGAAUUGGCCAAAGUAGCUAGACGACAAGAGUGCCAUGUGAUCCAUGAGGACUUUUGGUGUCACAAAGAACACAUAGGACAAGGCUCAUAUGGUGAUGUCUUUGUUGGAAUCAAUAAGAAGGAUGGUAGAGAAGUGGCCAUCAAGCGCAUUUUGAAGACACGUUUGCAGCGACCAGAAGACAAACGAGAGAUUAAAAAUCUCACUGCCCUUGCAGACUGCGAACAAACUGUUCGUUAUUUGCAUUUCUUCGAAGAUGAAACCUUUUCAUGCGUAGUUUUAGAACUGAUGGAAGGAAAUCUUGACGAGUACCUUACUGAUGGAUCCACAUUUGACGCUAGAAAAAGUACUCAACUUUGUCAAGAGGUAGUAAAGGGGUUAAAGUUCCUGCAUGCGAAGGAUAUUGUUCAUCGCGAMCUGAAGCCUGGAAAUAUUCUGUAUAAAACACACCCUCAUCUACAUUUGAAAAUUGCUGACUUUGGUCUGAGCUGUCGGGUUGAUAGUAGCACCACCACAGUGUAUGGUACUAAUGCGGGAACGAGGUGUUGGAUGGCUCCAGAAUUGUUGAGGAGUACUCAUGUGGACGGUGGAGAUCAUUCCAAGGCAUCUGACAUGUUUUCAUGUGGACUUGUUCUUCAUUACAUUCUGUCAAAAAAAAAAACACCCAUUUUUUCCAUGUGAUUGUGCCAGUAAAGGAAAAGAUCAAAUUGCUCACGAAACAGAAGCCAACAUCAUGAAAGGAAACCUGGAAGRAUGGGAUAAAUCUAUUCUGGAAGAGGCUAGUCACCUUGUUAAAAAGAUGCUCGAAUUUGAUAAAGACAAACGCCCAGCUGCAGAAGAAAGUCUGGAUCAUCCAUUGUUCUGGUCAAAUCAGAAAAAAAUCGAUGUUCUCGUUGCUGUUGGAAACCAGUCAGAGUUUGGAUACCCACGUGC